AUGGCCUUAACGCACGAUGACUACUCGGUCGCGUGGAUAUGCGCCCUACCGUUGGAGAUGGCAGCGGCAAGCGUCAUGCUGGACAAGACCCAUAAACCCCUGCCUAAACCUUCUACUGAUCCGAACGCAUACGUCCUUGGUGAAUUGAACGGCAAUUAUAUAGUGAUUGCCUGUCUACCAGAUGGCAUAUAUGGAACCAUAUCUGCUUCCACGGUCAUGGCUCAUAUGGUCUCGACCUUCCCACGGGUCCAGUUUGGCCUGAUGGUGGGAAUCGGAGGCGGCGUACCUAGUACCAGCAAUGACAUCCGGCUGGGUGAUGUGGUCGUCAGCAAGCCAGUCGGAAGAUACAGCGGAGUGAUCCAGUAUGAUUACGGCAAGGCAGUUCAAGGCGGACAAUUCGAGCGGACAGGCACGUUAAACAAACCACCACAGACUCUUCUGACACAUGUGGCUCAUCUUGAGUCGCGGCAGAUGAUUAGAAGAGAGGAUGCGAUUUCGACAAUAGUGCAGGAUGUACUGAAUCGAAAUCCUGACAUGAAAGACCGAUUUUCCCCCCCGAAUCAGCAGUCUGAUUAUCUAUUUCGGUCCUCGUAUCGCCAUGCCGACCCAAAAAGCAACUGUGAAAAGUGCGACAAAGGGCAAUUAGUCUGCCGGCCGCCGCGUACAACCAACACGCUUCAUAUCCACUAUGGGUUGAUCGCAUCUGGUGACCAAGUGAUAAAGGACUCUGAAAUUCGCGACCGUCUUGCUCAACAGCAUGGCAUACUCUGUUUCGAGAUGGAAGCAGCAGGCCUUAUGGAUGGGCUUCCGACGUUGGUGGUCCGGGGGAUAUGCGACUACUGCGACUCUCAUAAACAGAAAGAGUGGCAGGGAUAUGCGGCUUUGGCAGCAGCUGCCUAUGCGAAAUGGUUGUUGUCGGCUAUGACCGUCUCUCGCAUGAAUCAGGGCUUGACAAAGAACAACAGCAGAACUGGUCACUACAUAGUCCCACUGGGAAGAAAUCCGCGAUUCGUUGGUCGUCAGAAGGAAAUCACCAAACUGGAAGAGCUAAUUACCAUGAAAGACCGUCCCAGAAAGGUUGCAGUUACAGGUUUAGGAGGUGUUGGGAAAACGCAAGUGGCUCUGGAGCUAGCAUACCGCAUACGGGAUCGAGAUAAGGAGUGCUCGAUAUUCUGGGUCGCAUGCACUAGCUAUGAGGUGAUUGAGCAGACAUACCUAAAUAUGGCGCAAGCUCUUGGACUUCCCAAUGUGAAGCCAGCAGAAGUCAAAGAGCAAGUCAAAAGAUACCUCAGCUCCGAGCAGGCUGGGAAGUGGCUUCUGAUUUUUGACAAUGCUGAUGACGUGGACAUGUGGCUGUCAGAUGAUCGCGCAGGCCCAGCUCUUGAGGACUUUCUCCCUCGGAGUGAACAAGGCCGCAUUCUCUUCACCACAAGGAACCGGAAACUGGCCGUGGAGCUAACAUCCUCCAAUAUCAUUCCUAUUCCAGAUGUGGAUGAGGGCACUGCAUUAAAAAUUCUCGAAAGGUCACUGGUAGACAAGGGUCUGCUUCAGGAUCAUCCCACAGCAGUUGCCAUUCUGGAGAAACUGUCGUUUCUGCCCUUAGCGAUCACGCAAGCAUCGGCAUACAUUAAUAAAAAUGGCCUGGACCUGACCACCUACUCUGCGCUUCUGCAAGAACAGGAACCAGAGGUAGUGGAGCUCCUGAGCGAGGACUUUAAAGAUGAAGGACGCUAUAAGGACCUCCAGAACCCAGUAAUCACCACCUGGUUGAUUUCAUUCAAACAGAUCCAAUGCCAGGAUCAAGUGGCAGCUGACUUUCUAUCUUUCAUGGCCUGUAUUAAUCCGCGCAACAUCCCUCGGUCCCUUCUUCCAAUGCCAGCAUCUAGGAAACGCGGAAUCGACGCUUUGGGACUUCUGAACGCAUAUGCAUUUAUCAACAGCCAAGAUACAGGGAUAAACCUACACAGACUAGUGCAUAUUGCCAUGAGGAACUGGCUACGGCAGAAUGCACUGUUUAGUCACUGGAUCCAAAAGGCCGCUGAUCAGAUGCGCAAUGUGUUCCCAGAUGAUCACUAUACAAAUCGAGGACUCUGGCGAGAAUACCUCCCACAUGCCUUAUCCCUUGUGUAUGAAGACGAAUUCACAGCACAGUGGAAAGAGCACCUUGAUUUGAUUGAGAAUAUUGCCAAUUGCCUUUACGAAGAUGGAAAAUUUCAUGACGCAGAGGUGCUAUACACUGAGCUACUAAGAAUCAAACAGGAGGAAACCGAGCCCAAUCAUCCCUCUGCUUUAUACAGUAUGGCACGGCUGAUAGUAACCUACAGGAAGCAGGGACGGUUAAAGGAAGCUGAGAGGCUAGGGGUGCAAGUAUUAGGGAUGAGGAAGACUGUCGUAGGGGCUAAACAUCCUGAUACUCUUAUCAGCAUGUCAAACCUGGCAUCAGUUUAUGCAGACCAGGGACGAUGGAAUGAAGCUGAGAAGCUAGGGGUGCAAGUAAUAGAGAUGGGGAAGACUAUCCUAGGAGCUCAACAUCCUCAUACUCUUACCAGCAUUUCAAACCUGGCAUCAGUCUAUUGGAAGCAGGGACGAUGGAAUGAAGCUGAGAAGCUAGGGGUGCAAGUAAUGGAGAUGAGGAAGACUGGCCUAGGAGCUCGACAUCCUGAUACCCUUACCAGCAUGUCAAACCUGGCAUCAGUCUAUGCAGACCAGGGACGAUGGAAUGAAGCUGAGAAGCUAGGGGUGCAAGUACUAGAGACAGAGAAGACUAUGCUAGGGGCUGAACAUCCUGAUACUCUUACCAGCAUGUCAAACCUGGCAUCAGUCUAUGCAUAUCAGGGACAAUGGAAUGAAGCUGAGAAGCUAUGCGCGCAAGUACUGGAGACAGCAAAGACCGUGCUAGGGGCUGAACAUCCUGAUACUCUUACCAACAUGUCAAACCUGGCGGCAUUCUAUUCAAAUCAGGGACGAUGGAAUGAAGCUGAGAAGCUUGAGCUGCAAGUAAUGGAGAUGAGGAAGAUUGCCCUAGGAGCUCAACAUCCUGAUACUCUCAUAAGCAUGCACAAACUGGCCUAUACCUGGAAAUCCCAAGAAAAGCUGCAAGACGCCUUGGCCCUAAUGGAACAAUGCUCUGAGCUUUGCAACAAAACAUUGGGGCCUAAUCACCCUGUUGCCAUAUCCUCCUCUCGCUCUCUCAGUGACUGGAAGGGCAUCCAUGAUUCAUUAGCAAGCGAAAGAACCCCGACGGCGGGCAGUCAAAUAGAAGGGUCACAACAUCCGGAGACUGCAACAGAACAUACAGUAGCUGCGUUAAUUGCUCAGCAGCCCUAUGAAGAGCGCGUCAAGACACCUCAUGUGCCGAUACGAUCUACUGCAAGGCUAUUCCUUGGAGACCAUCCCCUUCUCAUGGCUUUUAGAAGUAUCUCAGCAGAGCGGGGAGGGCAAGAAUUGCAAGAAAUAGACUGA